UGGGGUUACUGAAUUACAUGCCAUUUCCUUCUCCAGUCCAUUUUACAGUUAAGGAAACCGAAGCUAACAGGGUUAAGUGACUUGUCCUGGGUCACAUAGAUAGUGAGUCUCAGAGGCCAGAUUUGAACCCAAGAAGAUGUCUUCCUGAUGGCAAGCUUCUUCCUUUUCACUUAUUCUUUGAUGGAGCUGCACUGUCCUUGCCAUUCCUUCCACAAGAUGCCCCCCAUCUCCUGACUGUAAUUUUCCUGGUUAUAUAUUCCAUGCCUUGAAUUUUCUCCCUCUUCACCUCUACCUCCUUUCUUCCCUGACUUCCUUCUUUAAAGUCUCAGCUAAAAUUCUACCUUCUCCAGUAGCCUUUCUUGGUUCCCCUUAAUGUAUAGGCCUUCUUUCUCAAAUAACCUCUGAUUUUUUUUGUCUUCUCAUAAUCAUAGCUAGCCUUUGUAUGAUGAUUUAAGGUUCCCAAAGCAUUUCAUAAAUAUAUCACAGUUUGCAUGUCAUCUGCCCCAAUAGUAAAUUCCUUGAGGGCAAGGACUUUUUUUUCAGAGUUUAGCAUAAUGCCUGGAACCACAGUAAAAGCUUUGAUGAAUACUUGUUGACACUGGGGCAAAGCCUGUUAAGUUCCUGGGUAAUGAAUGUCCUACUAUUGGUCCUUGGCUGCUGGAUUGACUUUUGGCUCUUAUGCAGCUGGAAGCUUUUAUCAACUGUUUAAUAGAAUGACUGAUGGUCAGAAAACUAUGGCUAUCUGACUGGUAGAAUGGCUAGCCCUUGACUUAUGACUGAGUAUUGAAAUGACUUAUAAAUCCUAUCUUCUCCAAGAAUCCUUUCCUGAGCCUUCUUCACAAUGGUGCCUCCCUUCAACUGAUCAUCCGACAAUUAUCUGGUCUGGAUUAUGCCAGCAUCAUUGUUAUUUGCAUGUUGUCCCUCACUUAGAUGGUGAAGUCCUUGAGGGCAGAGCCUUCCUUUUUGUCUUUGCAUUCCUAGUCUAGUACAGUGCCCAGCACACAAUCCGUGCUUAAUUAAUGCUAAGUGAUUUUUGGAGGUAAUGAUGGAACUCAGGACCUGGUACACAGAACACGCUUAGUAAAUGUUGGCUGAUUGUCGGAAGUAGGCUUCAGUCCCACGCCAGUUGCCAGGUGCGCAGAGCGGUGCAUGCACUACUCAGAGGCGCCCACGGGAAAGUCUGCUUAGGGAGGUGAACCCCGGCAGGUCAGCUCCGGUGCCCAGCAGUAAUGACGCCUGGCUGCACUGUCACGGUCCUUCUGAACAGGGAGAACAAUGAGACCCCUGCAUCUUUAAGGGAGAUACCAACGCGCCGCCGGGGGGGCAGGAAAGGGACCUUCCCAGACUGAACGCACCCUGCACCGGGCCCCGGGCCUUAGGCCACAGCCUCGGACGCCAAGCGCUUGGGAGCAUGACCCAGUGACCAAAGGCGCUCUUCUCUCGGGACCUAGCCGACAGGGCGAAUGCCGGUUCUUCCCGGCCGGGGUCGCGACUCCUCCCGGGGCCACCUCUUCCCGAGCCUCGAAGGCGUCCGCAUCCCGCCGCAGAGGAAAAUGCAAAAGGCAUUAGGCUGGGGCGAACGCAGCGAAAAAGCCAGCCGCACGAAACCUUGGCAUUGAAGAUGGUGAGUAGCCAGCCAAAGUACGAUCUAAUACGGGAGGUUGGCCGAGGCAGUUAUGGUGUGGUGUAUGAAGCAGUCAUCAGAAAGACUUCUGCUCGGGUUGCUGUGAAGAAGAUUCGAUGCCAUGCCCCCGAGAAUGUUGAGUUAGCUCUCCGUGAAUUCUGGGCACUUAGUAGUAUCAAGAGCCAGCAUCCCAAUGUAAUUCACUUGGAAGAAUGCAUUUUACAGAAAGAUGGCAUGGUGCAGAAGAUGUCCCAUGGUUCCAACUCAUCUCUUUAUUUACAGCUUGUAGAGACUUCUUUGAAAGGAGAAAUCGCCUUUGAUCCCAGAAGCGCCUAUUAUCUGUGGUUUGUGAUGGAUUUCUGUGAUGGAGGAGACAUGAAUGAGUACCUCUUAUCCCGGAAACCCAAUCGGAAAACCAACACAAGCUUUAUGCUUCAGCUCAGCAGUGCUCUGGCUUUCUUGCACAAGAAUCAGAUUAUCCAUCGUGACCUCAAACCUGAUAAUAUCCUGAUUUCUCAAAGCCGGUUGGAUACAAGUGACUUGGAACCUACACUGAAAGUGGCUGAUUUUGGCUUGAGUAAAGUUUGCUCUGCUUCUGGGCAGAACCCAGAAGAACCCGUCAGUGUAAAUAAAUGCUUCCUUUCCACUGCAUGCGGAACAGAUUUCUACAUGGCUCCUGAGGUUUGGGAAGGCCAUUACACGGCCAAAGCAGACAUCUUUGCCCUGGGGAUUAUCAUCUGGGCCAUGCUGGAAAGGAUCACCUUCAUAGACACAGAGACCAAGAAGGAGCUCUUGGGGAGUUAUGUGAAACAAGGAACCGAGAUUGUGCCUGUAGGGGAAGCCCUUUUGGAAAAUCCUAAGAUGGAACUGCUCAUCCCUGUGAAAAAGAAGUCCAUGAAUGGUAGAAUGAAACAGCUGAUUAAGGAAAUGUUGGCUGCAAACCCUCAGGAUCGUCCAGAUGCAUUCGAGCUAGAACUUAGAUUAGUCCAAAUUGCUUUUAAAGAUAGUGGCUGGGACACGUGACACAUGGAUUGCUGGGAAACACCUUGGAUGACAUGCUGCUUCUGUCUGAACAGGGAUGCAACAUUUUGUGGCAGAAAAAAAUGGAAUACAUAAGACUAAACUCCUACUGACGAGUUUAGAUUUUACUGUGUUUUUUUAAGGUUUUCUUAAGUCUGAGACAGCCAUUUUGUUAGUAUGUUUUGUGUAUUACCAAUGUGUGUGUAAAUUUUUAAAUGACCAUUGGUAGAAAUUUGACAGGAAAAUUCUGUAAGAGCCAAGGAAAGAUGAGAGAGUCCAGGUUUUCUGGGAAUAUGUCACAAGUAUUUUAGACAUUCCUUGUCAGUAUUAGGAACUUCCAUAGAACUAGUGGUUUACAUGCUGGUCAUGCAAACUGUGAGGCUUUGUAAAGUAAACAUAUAUGUAUAUAUUUAUGUAUAUGUAAGUAUGUGAAUGUGUGCAUUUUGCAUUCCAUAUGAAGAAAAUGCCACUUCUGUUUAAAUUAUUUGAUGUGGGUUUGGGUGUUUGGGAUUUGCUGGUGAAUUCAGUGGUGGAAAAAUAAAUGAGACACUUUCCCCCAACUUCCUCCCUCUAUCCCUCCCUCUGAUGAAAUUGUGCUAUUUUAUUUUUGUAUUAUUAUGGGACUUUUGAAAAAGCACCAUUUUGGAGGGUCUAAUAAGACUGCCCUGCUCGGACAUAAAAGAACAUCAGAGUGUUCAAACAUACAAAGCUGUUGAAAUGUGCUUAAGCUGAACUUUCACAGUCUGAUACUUUGUAGUUGAAGGAGUUAAUUACAGCAUCAUGCUGUCGUGUGGUAGCAGGUUGGCAAGGUCAUUAGUCAUUCAAUCCUACACUCUUUUAGGUAACCAGGCGCUCAGUUAACCAAUUAGGCCACAGCAUCGGGACAUGUCUCUACCUGUUGCAUCUACAAGCUGGCAUAAACUUGAAUACAAGAUUGUUGUAAUUCUGGAAAUUUGGUAUUAAUGAAGUUUCAGUACUUGAUUCAGUGACUUUUGGGGUCUGGAGACAUUGUCUAAGGUUCAUAAUUAUGAGGUGGAGACCCAAAUGAGCCCUAUAGUCUGGUUUGCUUGCCGUGAGAUGGUCUCUUGUUGAAUCACUGGAAUCCUUUCCAUUUUGGCACUGAUGCCAUUUUCUUUGUUUAAUUUGAGACUGUGAUGGCAGCGAUAUGGUUGUCUUAAAUGUUGAUCACCUUUUUCUAGUGUGGGAGAUAAUGUGUAUACAAUUUAGCAAGCAGAUGAAAUGUGGCAUCAGCUGCAUUCUUCACGUGAGGAAGCUGACCUCUUUGGUACAGUCAUUUUGCUGUGCCUGUAGCAACAGCUAUCAGGAUUCUUUGAGGAGUUGGUUUGAUUUUAUAACCCUGGAUUGUUGUCUCCAAUUUGUUUUCCUGUAAGGUCAGUUAGUUAACAUCUAAUGAAGGAGAGCUUCCUGAAACAGAACUGUAGCCCUCUAGGUAGCCUUCUGGGACAUUGUAACUUGAGUUGAUGUUUAUAUGGAGCAUUUGGAUCCUUGGGUGAAAAGUCAGUCAUGUUAGAGUAAUGAAAAUCAUUCAUGCUUUUGCCUCUUCUCAGUUGUUUUAAGCUUCCAGAAACUUAAGUAUGGCCAUUCUUUUAGGGUUUUUUUCCCCCUAUUUCCUAUUCCUAGCCGAAGUAUAAGAGUAGUGGGCUCUAAUCUAAAGAUUAAAAAGAUAAAAAUUUAAGUGACUUGGCUUUGAAAAAAUUUAAAGCCAAAUAGUUUCAUUGAAAUGAAACCACUUUACUGGGUUCUUAUCUUUAAGGCUGAUAAAUGCAAGAUUUUAAACACUUGGAGAAGAAGCAUUGGAAGUUGAAGAUGUAAAUACACUGGAACCAGCUUGAUAGUGUGUGAAUCUUCUACAGUGCUAAUUCCAACAUUUGGAAUAGCACAGAGACAACUUUACCCUUCUGAUGGGACUUUAGUCAGUAGGAGGGAAGAGCCACAUAAUGUCUCACCAAAGAACUACCAGGGCCUUUAGCAUAGAACCCAGGGUGAUCAAUCUGGACUUCAUUUUAUUUGCUCAUCUUUGUGCUAGUGUCUAAUCUGCUUCCCCACCCCAACCCCAUAUGGCUUUUAGUCCUGCCUGACUAAAAGUACUUAAUGAUUAUACUUUUGGAUGACUUUUUUUUUAAUGGAACUUCUUUUCAGGAAAUCAUUUCUGGAAUUUCAAGACCUCAUUUUAGUUUUAAAACAUUUCUUCCCAUUAUAUAGGCAAAAUAUCAAUGAUGAUGUCAGGACAUCCUUCAUUUAAAAAACACUGUUCCCAGUUAUGAUUAAGCUGAUUAUUAUUAGUGCUGACAUGAAAUUUAGUCACAUGCCUUUUUGCUCAAGAAUAAAGAAAAAACAAAUCCCAAACCAAGAACAUAAAAGUUCCUGUAAGUUUACCCAAGAAAACAAAAAAGAUCAGUUAGGAAUUUUAGCUGUUUAAUGAACUCCAAGGUAAAUAAAUGCAUUUUAUGAGGAAUUACUAUAAUUUUUAAAAGACCAAAUGUUUUUUGUAACUUUCUUAACUGCAGUGGCAGAGAUUUUAACUUACAUCAGUUAAAAUAUGGAGUCUUAGUGUAGCUUUGCACUUGUUACCACGUAGAGAGCCUGGGCCGCUGUAGAUUCCUGGUGCUAAGGGACACUUUGUCAUUAUGAUGAAGUGGGUGUUAACAGUUGGAGAGUAGCACACUGAAUAGUUCUGGUGGCCUGUUCUUUGUGUUUAUUGUAAGAUGUCAUAUCAAUAAAACUAUUGUAGCAGCUACAAAAUAAUUCACCAGCAUGACACAUGGUCAAAAAAAAAAAGUCAUCAGCACUUCGAAAAUGAAACAAACUUUUAAAUUUUUCUUUUAAUAUUGUCAAAUAUAUUUUAUGAAGAAUUUAUAAAAGGGGUGGGAAAUGAUUGUAAUUUAUUGUUCAUGACCGUUUUUUAAAUAAAGUCUGAAUUUCAACAAAAA